CCCCGUCUGCGCCCCGCAAGGCUUAGUCCGCUCGUACACAGUCGUCAAGUUGGCCCCCAAGCUUAAUACAUCCGGCCACUCUCGUCCGCCGAAGUUCGUUUACCGAAUACCCUAUCUCUCUCCAUCAAAUGAUAGGUGAACCUCCCACACCAUGCUCGUACGUAGGGAGCGUGCUCUGCGCGUCGACCUGAAGUUCUCAAUAUACUGUGGUCUUCUCCGGGCAUUUGGACCGUAGGCUAUAGACAUGUUGGAGCUGGCUUACUCGCUGCGCCCCAACGUCUGCACCUUUUGCGCGACAACUGUUCCUCGUCCGGCACGGAUAUAGGACGUCGCAUGUCCAAAUACCGUCUUUAUUGUUCUAUUUAAUGCUUCAUGUCCUCGCAUCUGAGAAUGGAACGCAGCACACUUAGACAUCCAUCGCUUCAUCUUCCGACAUGCCUAACACAACUUUCAACCCCAACGCUCUCCCUGAUCUCAAAGACAAAGUGUUCAUUGUAACAGGAGGAAACUCAGGCAUAGGCUACUACACCGUAGCCCAUCUCGCAGAGCAUGGCGCGCACGUAUACAUGUGCGCUCGCAAUGUGGAGAAGGGCACAGAAGCGAUAGCCGGAAUCAAGAAGAUGCACCCCUCCGCUCGCAUCCAUCUUCUACAAAUGGAUCUCAAGGACCUCAGCAGCGUUGUCGCAGCCGCGCAACGCUUUCUCACACUCGAGACCGCGCUGCACGGCCUAGUCAAUAACGCCGGCAUUAUGGCAACGCCAUUCGAGCUGACCAAGGACGGUCACGAAGCACAGUGGCAGACCAAUUACCUGUCGCACUGGGUGUUUACGCACCAUCUCUCACCCUUGAUGCUGGCAACAUCCAAGACGCUUCCACCCGGAAGCGUGCGCGUCGUCAACCUCACUUCGUCCGGGCACUUGCAAGCGCCAAAAGGUGGAAUCAACUUCGAGAACCCCGCGCUGAAAGAUGCGGGCGACAUGGCUCGCUACGGCCAGAGUAAGCUCGCUAACGUCCUGCACACCAAGUCGCUUCACAGGGCGUAUGGCCCAGGAUCACCAAGCGCCACCAACAACGAGGGGGAAAUCUGGACUUCUUGUGUGCAUCCGGGGCUCGUCGAAACCAAUCUUCAAGAGGGCGUGAACAAAUCGAACUUCGCUAUGACGGGUGUCAUUACCGUGCUUCGUAAAUCUGGCAUGUUCUGGUCGGCAGAUAAGGGCUCUUACAAUAGUCUUUACUGUGUUGCGGGUGAUAGUAUGAAGGCAGAGCAGAGCGGCGGGUAUCUUGAGAUUUUUGGUCGCUUUGGCGAACCAACGUGCCAGAGCGGGCCUGCAAAGGAUGCGCAGCUUGCGGAGCGAUUGGAAGAGUAUACCAAGGAGGAGAUGAAGAAGGGAGGUUGGGUUCAGUAAUGAUGUUGUCCAAUGUUUUUCUUCCAUGAACUGUAGAGAACUUAGAUGAGCUACUUAAUACACAAUAGAAGUCGACU